UGGAAGAAAGAGUAAAAGGAAAGCUGGAAAUGGGUCAACGUAUAAAAAGAUAAGUUCAAGGCAAAAACAGUUUCAGAUAUUGCUUAUUGGCUGUGAAGGUAACAGAUACCUGCUGAGUUGUAUAUCCGGAUAAAAAUUAUCAUCUUUUUAACGAACAGGUUAUUAAUAUGGCAUCAGUGAAAACAUCGGGGUGGACUUUAGUUUCACUUUUAGUUAUUAACUUCGUUUUAACACAAAUACAAGCAAUACCCCAAUAUGAAGCAAUGUAUGUUUCCAGCGAAUCAAAAAAACCGUUAAAUGAAUCACCUUAUUAUACAAAGCCCCUACUGAAUAGAAAGUUCGCUGAAAAACCCAAUGCAAUUAAAAAAGUAGCGCUGGAUGACAUUGACGAUAUCCAGACCAAUCAAAUUCAGGAUGGUGGAUUUUCCUGGUCAAACAUGUUAGGCGUGCUAAUGCAAAUGAUGUUCAACGGUGGGAAUAACUCUCCUACAAAGUCAGAUGACAUUGACAACAGUGCUAACUUUCCUCAAUCACCAUGGGCUAAUGUGAUAUCUGUUGGAUUGAAGAUCAUUACAGCUCUUCUUGGUGGAGGUGCUAACGAUGGAAUUGAUAAAGUCGAUAACGGAGGCUCGCCAAUGCAGAAUGUGCUCGCAGCUGUAUUCUCAGCUAUGUUUGGCGCAAAGGAUCCUGAUCAAGUGAAUACAAUGGCUAAACAGGCAGGGGAGUUCAUAAAUAUCGUCGUAAAUUUGUUGGAUGCUUUGAAAACAUCUUUUUCCCAUCGGUCUUUGAUGGCCAGAGACAUGGGUAAGAAAGAUUCUAUCAGCGAUGCGACUGUUGCGGGUAUAACCGUGUUGAAAACAUACGCCAGAACAUACAACAACUCACAGGAUAAAUGCUUGCUGAAGUAUAUUUGUGAAGCAAACAAUGAUUGUGUAAAUGCCAUAGGAGGAUCGAACAUAUUUUGUCAGCUUGGAAACUAUGCAGCAAGUUACAUCAUCGAACGACAAACUAAUAAACCUUUUGAGUCUCUGUAUGAAGCUGGAAGAAAUGGUCGUCUUGGUCAGAACUGCAGACAAUUGUAUUUAGAAUGCAACGAAGUAUGAUGAAUAAUAAUGUUGUAAUAAAUUGGUGCAAAAUAUCAAAAAAGUU